CUGUCGUUUUAUUGAUGUUUUGAAUUUUGAUAGAUCAUUUGUUUUAUUUUCAAAUGCACGAUUUGAUAAACAUAUUUGAAAGUAUAAAUAAAUAUUAUGAUCCAAGCAUAAAAUGGGAAGAUAUUUGUGACAUAUACCAAAAAUAUCAAAAUGAAGCAGAACAUGAACCAACAGAUAGCAGUAGCGAGGAAGAGCUUUCCUUGUCUGAAUUAGCUAACUUACCUUCCAAAGAGAAAGAGACUUUUAGCGGUGGUUUAAACAAUAUGCAGCAAAGGAAAUUGAAAAAUAUAAAAUCAGUACUAAAACUUCCAAUGGUCAGAAACGCUAUUAAUUCAUCAACAGUUUUAUAUAGUCUUUCUGAAUUGUGUUCAGCUAUACGAGUUCUUAGAGAAUCAAAUAGUGGAUAUGAUAAUACAUACGAUUCUUGGGACAGCAUAAUUAAAGUAGCUCCAAGAGAUAAAUACUUGGCAUUUAUUUAUACACUUUUAUGUCUUGUUCAUUUAGACCCAAACCAAAAAAUCUAUAGAAAAUUAUCUUUUGAAGCUGCAAGUGUAUUUAUUUUAUCGUUAACCAUUCCAGGUUCUAAAGGUUUUAAUAUUUUUGAAGAAACUAUUUUGUCGCAUGCAACAGAUAUAUUCGAUUUAGUUGAAAAAAUACAAACUUGUGACAUUUCCCGACAGGAUAAAAUUGAGAUAUAUAUCAGAUUUAUAAAUUUUUGUGAUGAUCUUAAGUUACUUUUCCGCUAUGUCCACUUUGAUGAAUAUAAAAAUUCAAGAAAUAGCAUCUUAUGGAAACUAGUAAAGAUUUUGUACUACAAUCAAGUUAAUGGAUUCGAAAACGUUUACGCAGCCAAUUUACAUGGGAAAUGUUAUGAAGUUUUUGAAGAAAUCAUAAAUGCUCACAACGGUGACCCUGAAGCAACAUUAAAGAAAAUUAUGAAAAUGAGUUAUGCACUUCAUACCCAUCCUCCUCUUAUAAAAAGGCACCAACAAUUCAGUACCGCUUCAAACUUUAUUGAACAUAUUUCUGAUUGGUUCGUGGCGUCAAUUUCUAAAUAUCCACGGGUUUUAACAAAUGUCUUAAAAUAUUUUGUUGAAGCAAUUAUAACAAAUCCUGAAGAAAGGUGGAGACCCGAGCAAUAUCAGCGUAUUUUAGAUUAUGCUGCGAAGUAUGAUUCAUUUUUAUAUAUAAACUGCAAUGAGACUGUGAUACCAUUUUUGUCAAGUGCUCUUUGUGCAGAGGAUGUUGUUAUCAGGCAGAACGCUUUGGAGCUAUCAAAUCGCUUGAUUCUCAUUGAGGCUAAAGUUAACUGGGAAGUAUUUUGUCAUGAAAUUUCAAGUAUUCCUCGAGAAGUAAAUGUAUUAAAAGAAAUAUUAAAUCGAUUUCAUGACAUAAACAACACAAUUAAAUUGAAAGCGUUACAUGGUUUUCACCAAGCUUUUGUUAAAGGAACAGAAAAUGCUAAAACAAUUUUGAACGAAAGUAUUAAAUUUGCCAAAUUUCCUGAUUCAGAUGUCUUUCUGCCAAAGGAACCUCGUAUAAGUAAAAAAGAGAUAAGAUUCGAAAAACCAGAUCCAUUGGAACCCGUAUACAGUUUCGAAGGACAUGAAGUUAUACAAAAUUUAUUUAAUAAUCUUCCAAAUAGUUUGUACAUGCUAUUUAACAACUUAAACGGAUAUGUGCGAAAAGCUGCUAUUUCUUUAAUGGAAACCAUUGUUGUCAUAAAUCCUUUAAUUAUAUAUAACUCGAAUUUUGUUAAAAACUGUUCAUCUUUAUCUUAUGACCCUAACUCGUUAGUACGAAGGCAAGCUUUACAAAUGAUAGACAACGUUUUAGACAAAUAUCCGAAUUGUUAUCCUCUCAUAUGGACUUGGUGUAAAAUAUUAGUUCCACUACUUGACGACUGCGACAACAGAAACGUUGAAAUAGCUGUAGAGUGCUUUAAACGAAAAGUUUUUGAUAAUAUUAAAGGCAUUGAACAAUCAAAUCAAGCUGAGCAUUUUAUGCCAUGGGUUAUUGUUAGAGUGUUACUUUCAACACAAAGAAGAAAGCAUCUACAAAAUUGCAUAAACAGUGCAAUAAAAAAUGAGGCUAUUAAUCACAAAAUUUUAGGAUAUUUGGAGUCACAAACUUUAACGCCUAAUUCGACUGAAGCAUGGAUCCUUUUAAAUUUUGUUGCUGGAAAAGUCAGGUUCAGGGAGCCGGACUCUCUUAUUUCUUCUUUCAUAAAAUCUAUGCAAGAACAGUCGUGGAAUGCAGAACAAAAUUUGCAUAUAAUUCUGGAAGUGCUUUCGAAGUGUGUCAAGGAAUUCAGUCAUUCUGCUCUAAAUAUGGCAUUUAGCUGUAUAACGAAAUUAAUGAAAGACGGUGUAUUACCACCUACUAUAAUAAGUAAAUCUUUAGAUUUAUGUAUGACUAUAAGUGGUCAGUCAGAAAAUAAAAGGGUUCCUGGUGCCAAUAUUGAUAGAUCUCAUUUGAAAUGGGUUGAAGAAAUUCAUAAUUUAUGCGAAAAAUAUUUGAUAGAAAACUUAGAAAAAUUUUACGAGCAUAAAAAUCGCUUUAUGUCAUAUAUAUUUUCAUAUGCUGAAACAAAUUUGGAAUUACUAAUUAGGCCAAACGAAAAAAUUGUAAAAUUUAUUCAUAACGCUAUUCAUGAGCAUUUGAAUAUUCCAGAAUCCGAAUACGAUUCUGAAGAUAUUAAUAUGCUUAACCAAAUGAUUUUGUUAUCAGUAAGAUUUUCAUUAAGAGAUGCAUCAACGGCUUCUACAACAUGUUAUCUUUUCGGAAAUAUCUUAAAGAAGAUCGAUCGUCCAGCGGUCGUAAAUACAGUAUUGACAGCUUUAACAGAUUUAUGUAAAAGGCAUACAAAUGUUGUAGAAAUGAUUUUGGGAAUUAUGUUAACAAAAUUAAAGUCAGCUUAUUCUGAAAAUAGAAUGGCAACCUUUACAAAUUUGUCUACUUUAGUUUUGCAAGACCAAUUAAAAUUACGUGGUAAUUUGCUAUUAUGUUUGAUGACAGUAAUGUUAGAUGAUGAUGAUGGAAUAUCGAACAAAGCAACAGAUUUCUUUUUGACAUAUCUAGAAAGAAAAAAUUCAUUACUAUUUCAAACAUGUCUCCUGGAGUGCCCAUUUGUUUAUAAUGAUUAUAUGCAAUUUGAUGGUUUUGAUAGUUUUUCUGGUAUUGAAAUAAGAUCUCCAUUAAAUGGAGAGGAACAUCGUAGAUCUCGAUAUUUACUAUAUAAUGCAUUUAUUAUGAAAAUUGAUGAUAUCAAUCUUCUAAUGUUUUUCGACAAUUUGAAGAUUAUAUAUGGAAAAAUAUUAAAAGAUGAAUCUAUUAAAACAACAGAAGGAUAUUCUACAAUAAAAGACAUGCUCUAUAUUUUAAAAAGAAUUUGCAGUUAUAUGCAAGAGAAAAAAGAAACUAAAAACACUGAAGUGAACAAUGAGUUAAAUGAUACACCAAUCACGAGCAAUGAAGGUACUGAUACAAAAAAUAAGAACUCCGAUAGUUCAAAAAAGGGAAGGAGAAGUAAUGCACCGACAAUAAAUGACGGCUUAUGCGCUGUAGAGAAAGCAAUUUCUAUAAUACCAAAAAUUUCAGAAAUCCUAUUAAAUUGGGAUACAUCCUUUCAAAGCUACAUUGAUGAUUUGGCGUUUGGUGUUUGUAGAAAGUUUUUUAAUUUAACCGAAUUCGCUCAGCCAAAAGAAUUUUGGUUAAAAUACAAUAAUAAAGAAAAUUUGAAUAAUAAAAAAAGGAAAAAUGAAACAAGUGAGUGCACCGAUGAUGAAUUAGAUAUGGUCCCCUUAAAAAAGCAAGGUGAUAAAGCUGUCGAUGUAACAACCCAAAUUUUGCUGAAUCCUUUCAUGUAGCAUUUUAUAUUUUCAGAUUUUUGCAAAUAUAAAAAAUAUACAUAUUUUUUCAAUUUUUAAUAAAAUUUUAUACAUUA